AUGUGUAAGGUUCCCCUGGUCUGCCCGGUCCAAUGGGAGAGAGGGACCACUCUGGACUACCGGGGCCAAUGGGAUCCCAAGGAGAAGAAGGGUCCCAAGGUCCAGCUAGGUAAACACCCAUCUUUCCCCUGGUACCAGGUUCAGCAACAUGAACACACCUCUCUCCCCUGGUACCAGGUUCAGCAACAUGAACACACCUCUCUCCCCUGGUACCAGGUCCAGCUAGGUUAUUUCACAGCCCCAGUGAGUGGUACAUACUCCUUCAGCGCUAUCCUGACAGGCCAUAAGAAUGUGAAGAUUGAGGCUGUCCUAUCUAAGUCUAACUACGGAGUGGCGCGUGGGGACUCUGCAGGCUACCAACCAGAGGGACUGGAGAAACCCAUGGCAGAGGCCAGACACACGCCUGGAGCUCUGGCUGUCUUCAACAUCAUCCUCCCUAUGAAGGCGGGAGAUACCGUCUGCAUCGACCUGGUCACCGGGGAACUGGCCCACUCUUCUGAACCCCUCACAAUCUUCAGCGGGAUGCUGCUGUAUGAGACCGUCUGA